AACAAGUAAAUGAUGCGCGCGUAUGGUGAAUGCAAGAGUAAUGUAUUGAAAUGAAACUUUAUGCUAUCACAAACACAUGAAAUAUUCAAUAUAUUAAACUCCUUCUGUAAUGUUUAUGAAUUAUCCUUGUUUAAAUUUACUAUUCUGGCGUUUACAUCAUCCAUUUUCAUGGUGUACGGAAGUAAGUGAAAACGCUCGUAUUUUCAACUCGUGCUACGGCGCCAUAAGCUCGAGUAUAGGAUUUAGUUUUGCGCAGUCAGCUGAUGGUUUUUUAUCUCCAACUCGGCGUUACAGUGAGUUGGGUAAACGUCGAUCUGCAUGCCGACGAUUUGACGAUGUUUGCCGUUUCUCCCAAUGCUAGUGGCCUACAUACAUAUAUUUGAAUCGUGCGACGUGAGGUAACGAUGCCAGGUAGCAAGGUCCAGUGAAAUAAAUACACUCGUAUUAUCAGUCAGUAACAGAUUUAUCUAGAUAGUGUAAAACAAUAGUGGUUCGAGAGAGGACAUGGUGUACACUGACCAUCUCACAGAUCAAGCAGGAAUGGAAGAUCUAGACGGUUCAGCUCCAUCGCCUAUCACCCCAGACCCGACAGGGGCAGGGGCUGUUCGGAAGUCCCCAUCCAUCAAGGUGAUGUAUCCCUUUACUCAUCAAGUGGGUGGCCACACGCAGAUGCUUUUGCUCGAGCGAGACACUCUCUGUAAGCCCCUCAUUCAGCGGGAACUCCACUUCUACCUGAAUGUACCCAGAGAAAUGCAAUAUUUCGUUCCCUGUUACAAAGGUGUAAUCAAGGUUAGACACGUAGACAAAAGUCCUACCUGUCUUCAGACUAACAAGACAAGUAUGGCUCCUUCCAAAAAAAGCAACCAGAAACAAAACAAUAACAGUAUAGAAAAGUGGCACUGUGAGACGGAGCAACAAUAUAGAGUACAAGUUUACAGUUACAAGGACGAAAUCACGGUCCUGAACGAUCCAGUGUCUCAGUUCCUAAAGGAGAACAAGCAUACAUCGUCCAGCCAAAGUUAUUUCUUGCUGUUAGAGAAUGUUGCAUCACACUUCUGUCAUCCAUGCAUCUUAGAUUUGAAAAUGGGCACACGUCAACAUGGAGACGAUGCUCCUGAUGACAAGCGGUCCCGCCAGAUGGCCAAGUGUGCAGCUAGUACAUCUGCUACUCUCGGCGUUCGCCUGUGUGGAAUGCAGGUUUAUCAAGCUAACUGCAGAAACUAUGUGUGGAAAGACAAAUAUUACGGGCGAUCGUUGGAUGAGUGUGGAUUGAAAUGUGCUUUGUACCAGUUUUUUCACAACGGUAUUCAACUCCAAGUGAGACUCAUUGAAAGAGUCUUGGAGAAACUUCAAGAAUUGCGCAGAGCUGUUGAAAAACAACACUCCUUUCGGUUCUACUCCAGUUCUUUGUUGUUACUGUACCAGGGUUGUGGGCAUAAUGGCAAUAGCCAUGGCUUUGGAGACAGAUUGGAGGCAAUAUCAAGUUAUAACCGUAUUUCUCCCAUAAGUGAUGAAAGUCUUGAACUGAAGUUUUUAGGAGAGCAUUCAUUCUGUGACACAGAGAUUUCAGCCCCAUUACGAAGUCGGAGUUGCGAAAGCUUAUUUGAGAAUGUAAAAGAUUCGAAUGAUACAAGUGCAAUGUCCCAGUCAUGGUGGUCAUCGAAUAAGACAUCAGUACAUCUCUGUACACCAACUAUAUCCUCGGGAACAUCUGCGGUUGAUGUUAGGAUGAUUGAUUUUGCUCACACGACAUACAAAGGUUACAAAGGAGACACCACUGUCCACAAUGGACCUGAUGAUGGAUACCUUUUGGGAUUGGACAAUCUCAUUCGUCUUCUACGAGAACUGCAGCAGAUGAAGCACUGUCUUCGAGUUCCAUAAGGCCUGUAAAGAAACCUGAUGUUACUAUCUAAAAGGCUGCUUAUUUAGAAAGGGUGAUAAAAUAAAUUAUAUGAGGUCUCGGAUACGUUUCUUAUCAGUAAUGUGGAUGAGGGGUAUUUUGAGCAACAAAAUUGGUUGGCAAGAAACUGGGGAUGUAAUGGAAGAGCGUGAUAAGCCACAUUUUGGAAAAAUACUAGAAUGUUCUUGAAGAAUGUUUUACAUCAAGACAGAAGGACGAGGAAGAAGUGUCUUAUGACAUACAUUUUCACCUUCUCAUUAAUAAAGAAAUUACGAAUGCCAUUCGAGUAAAUCGAGCAGCGAAGCAUCUGAGAACAUAUUUUGUAAUAUGGACCCCUAUAAUACAAAUGAACACAAAGCGUUAGGGAAGUUUAGAUGAGCCAUUUGUAGUGUUACAAAUAAGUAAAAGAAAGGCUCUAGAGCUACAUUGUAGAAGAGAACAAACUCAUCAAGAGAUGUUAUGUAAAACAACUGAUUUUUCAGAACUUUAAACACUACCAUUGUGAAACUUAUCAGUUAUGCCAUGUAACAUGAAAGUUUUUUAUUUGGUUUUUUGAGGACGAGAGAAAGGGGCCGAAAAAGGGGCAUUAAAUGAAUUACGCUUUUCAUAGUACAGCUUGAAAUUCAUGAAUGAAGUAGAAGUUGGAAAUAAACAAAAUAACGGCUGUAGUGUUUUGGCAUAACUUAUAGUAAGGUGGUAAAAAACAGACUUUUGUUGCGUGAAUGAUCGAGUUUGGGUUAAAUAUGUAUUACUCUCCUUCAGAACUUUUGACGAAUUGGUUAAAUGUUGACGUCACUGACUAAGAUAAGUGAAAAGCCAAUCUGACGUCACUAGAUAAUGCGUUAUUUGUCUGGUGUCACUAGAUAAUGAAUUAUUAGUCUCUUAAAACAAAACACUGGUGUUGUCCUAUUUUAUGGUAAAGAUAACUUUAUCUACAGAUUACUGCACGUUGAUUGGACGACAUAUGGAUCAUGGCAACGAAUUGGAGUGAAAUACUAAAAUAAACACAAGUACGAAAUAGUUAAACUUUGGCAUAAACAGUGUUUACUUGGCUGGUUUAAUCUUUUGGACUGCCAGUCAUAAUUGAUUAUUGGAAAUCUAUAAUUGUUCGAACAAUCAUUAUCUUUAAGUAAAAUGUGGUAACAUUGUAGUUACGUUUCUAUAAAAUAAGUUGACUUUUGUUAUCGUACUUCGUAACUAUAUAAAUACAGAUGUAUAUGCAUCUAAACUUACUUGGUUCUGUCACAAGAUGUAAUGGAAUAAUUGAUUUCCUAUGGAAACAACAAUUUAAUAUGUGAACACACAUGUGAUGUAAAUAAGGUAGUUUUAAUAUCACCAUUUAAAUUUUAUUUACCACUUUUAGGAUAAUAUAUCCGUUAGCUUCGAUGAUGCGAAAAUUCAUUGAUAGUUUGUUUGUUUUUAAUUAUUCACAAAGCUACACAAGGGCUAUCUGUACUCUGCCCACCACGGGUAUCGAAACCCGGUUUCUAGCGAUGUAAGUCCGCAGACAUACCGCUGAGCCACUGGGGGCUCGUUGAUAGUGUUUCUGAUUACCAUAACCAUAUACAUAGAAUUCUAGUGAAAAUAUGUUAUAAGUGAUAUGAUGAUCGUAUAAUAUAAAAUUGGUGAUCAGAAAUUUUUGAAAAUUUGUGUUUAUGUUAAGCUAGGUUUUCUUUAAAAAAUCGAAAUCCAAUCAACGCGUAAGAAUAUAAUCGGAUAAAUUAGAACCAAUAUUUUGCAGACCGGGAAAAAAGCUGUAUUCCUAAGUAGCCCUGAUGUGUAAAUUCAAUUAUUUUAUAUAGAUAUUGUGGGAAAUAUUCUUUUAUGAUUAAUAUCUCCGAAAAAAAAAAAGAAGUCAAGAACUGAAAACAUUUGACAGAAAUAACUUUGAAAACGUUACACUAACCGUAAUAUAAACAGAAUUAUUGUAAUUUUGUACAACAACGACCGUUUAAAGUAUUUCUUUACUACACUUUCUCUACAACUGAAAUAUUGCUUUUUUUUCAGACCACAUUGACCUGUUACACAACCUACGUUGUUCAAUCCAAUCCUAUCCAAGCAUGGUAGGAAUUUAGGCUAAAAGUAUAUUUCAUUCCCCGAAGGGGAAUGAAAUAUAUCCCAGGGCGGUCAGAAACUUCCGCUUCUCUUCACCCCCAGUGAGACUGUUAAUCAAAUAAGCUAAACCGCACGCAUUUACUGCGCCCUCUAUAUUGAUACCACAUAAAUAUGAUUUUUAUUCAGAAAUUUUCAUUUUGUUUGUUUGUAAUUAAGCGCAAAGCUACACAAUGGGCUAUCUGUGCUCUGCCCACCACGGGUAUCGAAACCCGGUUUCUAGCGUUGUAAGUCCGCAGACAUACCGCUGUGCCACUGGGGGGGGGGGGCAGAAAUUUCAUAUCCUACCUCUGUUUUUAUAGGGUAAGACGAGUUGUCCAGUUACAUCUAUUUGACCCGUCUCAGUUUGCUUUAUUAGAUCGAUAUUUUUUUCUUUUAACCGCAAAGUUUCAAAAACAUCUUCCGCACAUGGGUUUGUUCAAGUAUGAUAUUAGAGUACUAAAUUAAUUUUGUUUUAUAGCAUACAAUUUUAUGUUUUAUCCUUUUUUUUUCUGAAGGGAUAAAGACAUUCUUAUAUAAAUGGAACAGUACUUGUGUAAAGCGCAAAGUUACACAAUGGCUGUACCUGCGUUUUGCUUACUGCCGGACUACUUGUAUAAAGUCGUUUUCAUAGUUUAAUUUUUCAUAAUUUUAUCUUUUGAUUAAUAAUUAUAUUUUAAACUCCACUUUCCAACAUUAGAAAAUCAUAUAUCAAAGAAAUGGCAUCAUCUAUGUUACUUAAAAAUGAAAUUCAGGUCAGUACCGUCCAUUUAUGUGUGUUAUGUUUUACAUUACAGUUUUUGUCGUUGUUUUAGUAUAUUUUGUCUUGUUUAAAAAGGAACAAACAGCCUUUAAACCAGUAUUUAGUAUAGGUUGUAUAUUUGUACAUUUUGAAUGUGUGACAACUGGUUCUUCGAAACCACCUGUAAUAUUUCUUGAACUUACGUCACAGAGACUUUACAAUAAAUCAAUAGAAUUCUAUCCAA